CAUCCCAACAUCAUAACACCCUCUACACGCUCAGUUCAAACAACAAGUCAACAACACUGCACUCAACAACACCAAAAACACACACAAUAUCUCGAAACCAACCUCUACAAUGCAUAUCACCGUCGUCCCAGCUUCCCCCAAGACCGCCCAGGCCGCCAUCCGCGUCCUCCUCGCCGAUCCCUCCCACCCCACCGUCAGGGGUUACUAUCGCGAUCUCGCCAAAGUCCCCGCUGAAUUCAAGGCUCACGCCUGCUUCGAGGCCGUCCAGGGCGAUGUCGACGACGGAGCAACCCUCGACUUCUCCGACUCCGACGCCGUCUUCCACAUCACCCCGCCCUUUUUCGGGAACUCGAGCCCCGUCGAGCAUGCCCGCCGCGUGUCGGAGAACGUCAAGGCGGCGACCAAGAAGGCUUCCGUCCAGCGACUUGUCCUCGUGUCGAGCAUGGGUGCUCAGUAUGACCAUGGGACUGGCGAGAUCCUGAGCAACCACGAGGCCGAGGUCGUCCUUGGCGAUGCCGCGCCCGAGGUUGUCUUUGUCCGCUGCGGUUUCUUCAUGGAGAACUGGGGCAUGGGCCUGGAGACGCUCGCCGCCGGCUUCCUGCACACCACGCUCACCCCCCUGGACCAUCCCCUGCAGAUGAUCGCCGUCAAAGACAUCGGCGCCACCUGCGCCGCCGAAGUCCUCGCCACGGGCACGCCCCUGCCCGGCAGCAGCCCGUACGCCUUCGACCUGCAGGGCCCGCGCCCCUACACGUCGGCCGACGUGCACAAAAUCUUUGAGGAGGUGACCGGCAAGAGCAUCGAGCUGCGGCUGGUGGAGAAGGAGGCGCUCGACGACUUUUACGCCGCCGUCUUCCCGCCCGUGGUCGCAGCUUAUUAUGCCGAGAUGAAUAAGAGUUAUUUGCCGGGUGCUAUCUUGCAUGUGGACCCGCAGCCGACGGGGGCGACCAAGUAUGGGACGACUGAGUUGAGGGAGGUGGUGGAGCAGUUGGUGGGGGCUUGAGUGGUGGUGCAGUUUAGGGAUGAUGGGGUUUGUUAGUUGUUGGUGUUUUGGACUUG